AUGCCUACUAGGGAUGGAGCACCAGUUGAGAAUGCUCCCAGAGAGAAUAUAGAGGCUGAGAAUGAGGAGAAUGUUGGACAAGAGGAAGAGGAUUGGUUAGUCCUGGAGUUCACAGUUCAAGCAACUCAAGCUUCCGCCAAUCCCCCUAUUGCUAUUAUUGUCCCCAAGUAUGUCCCCCGAACCUUGAGAGAUCGUAAGAAAGAUGAGUUAAUGGCUUUUGAGCAAGGUGGUAUGUAUGUGGCCGCUUAUGAGGCUAAAUUCCAUGAUUUGUCUAGAUAUGCUACGCAAUUUGUGACUACUGAGAAAGAGAGGAUCCGUCUAUUUUUUAAGAGACUGAAUUUUGAGUUACAGGGUUCUUACACCAAAGGUUCAGGGAAGCCGACACUUGCAGCCCAGCCAAUUCAGUCUGCAAUGCCCGCUUCUACAGAACCUGUACAUAUGAGGAGAGAUUUUUCUCACCCACGUAUGUUGGAUUCCGUGCAGCAGCAGACUAGAGUAGUGGUACCCACGGGAAAUAGUAAUAAUGGUCGAGGGCGUCCACAAGGUGGGCGAAGAGGAAAUCAGCGAUGCCGUGGAGGUAGGGGAAAUGGUAAUGCAGGCAGAGGUACAAAGCAGCCAGGCAGGGAAGUCGCCCAUCAAGAUGGCAGGGCUCAGUGUUAUGCCUUUCAUGGAAAGAACGAGGAAGAGUCUUCUGACGCAGUGAUCAUAGAGAUUCCGGGUAGGAAAAAGUUAGAGUGGGAAGGGGUGUACAAGUCUAAGCCAACUAAGAUCAUAUCCUCCAUUCGGGCUAGAAAACUGGUGGGACAGGGUUAUUUGGCGUAUUUAGCUCAUAUUCGAGAUGUUGAGGUUGAGUAUCCCUUUAUUGAGCCUAUUCCUGUGGUUUCAGAAUUUAGAGAAGUGUUUCCUACAGAUUUUCAUGGUAUGCCUCAAGAUAGAGAUAUAGAUUUCUACAUUGAUUCGGAACCUGGUACCCGCCCCAUUUCCAUCCCUCCGUAUUGUAUGGCUCCGGCAGAGUUAAGAGAGCUUAAGGCUCAAAUCCAAGAGCUUCUUGAUAAAGGAUUCAUUCAUCCUAGUGUUUCACCAUGGGGUGCUCCUGUAAUGUUUGUUAAGAAAAAGAAUGGUAGUAUGAAGAUGUAUAUAGAUUACCGACAAUUGAAUAGGGUCACCAUUCGAAACAAGUUCCCAUUGCCUCGGAUAGAUGACCUUUUUUACCAAUUGUAA